GUACAUAGAAGAAUUCACACUGGUGAGAAACCAUAUAUAUGUAAGGAAUGUGGAAAGGCCUUUGCCAGAGCUUCAGGACUUAGUGUACAUAGGAAAAUUCACACUGGAGUGAAACCGUAUAUAUGUAAGGAAUGUGGAAAGGCCUUUGCUGUAGCCUCAAACCUUAGUGCACAUAGGAGAAUUCACACUGGAGUGAAACCGCAUAUAUGUAAGGAAUGUGGAAAGGCCUUUGCUUUGGCCUCAAGACUUAGUGAACAUAGGAAAAUUCACACUGGAGAGAGACCAUAUAUAUGUAAGGAAUGUGGGAAGGCCUUUGAUAUAGCCUCAAAACUUACUGUACAUAGGAGAAUUCACACUGGAGAGAAACCGUAUAUAUGUAAGGAAUGUGGGAAGUCCUUUGCAGAAGCCUCAAGCCUUAGUGUACAUAGGAGAAUUCACACUGAAGAGAAACUGUAUAUAUGUAAGGAAUGU